AAUACUUCAAAGAGUAACCCAAAGUUGUGGUGGGAGGCUCUGUAACAUUUCCCUUCUCCUAUAUAAUCAGCGACGGCAUUUCAAGUUCACUACUGAAAAACUUGAUUAUCUUUCCCCAGGCGAUACUUCCGCUCUGUAUCCAGGAAACCGAAACUCCAGAGAAGGAAUCGAGUUCGUUGCCGUGAUUAAUCUCAGCGCUCUGGCAUAACCGCAUCGGAAAUGAACAACGCCGAAGAUCCUCAAGAGAUGGUUGUGCCACCGGUUGAAGGCGUCGCUGGUGGAGGGACAGCUUACGGAUGGAAUGACGGUGGCAUGCACUUAAAUGCACUUAAGGGCUUAGUGGAUCCCACAGAGGUUCCAACAGCAGAUCUUGUUUAUGUUUGGUGCAUGGCAAACACAGCGAACAUUGGACCGCAAGAAAUGCCUCGAAAUUUGGAGCCUAUAAAUCUUUUGGCAGCUAGGAAUGAGAGAGAGAGUGUUCAAAUUGCCAUUCGCCCAAAAGUUUCUUGGUGUGGUUCUGGCAUUGCUGGGAAUGUGCAGGUUCAAUGUAGUGACAUGUACUCUACAUCUGGAGAUCGAUUGAUGGUUGGGCAAUCAUUAAAAUUGCGGCGAGUGGUGCCCAUUUUAGGUGUUCCUGAUGCUCUUGUGCCGCUUAAUCAUCCAGUUAGUCAACUGAGCCUUCUUCCAGGAGAAACAAGUGCAGUUUGGAUUUCAAUAGAUGUUCCAAGCGCACAGCCUCCUGGUCAGUAUGAAGGGGAGUUCAUUGUUACUGCGAUGAAGGCAGUUGGAGAAUCUUCUGCCCAAUGCUAUGGAAAAGCGGAGAAGCAUCAGAUGUAUGUGGAACUUAAGAACUGUCUUGAAAUGUUGGAGCCCAUCGAGGGAAAACCUGUGGAUGAAGUGGUAGAGAGAGUGAAAUCUGCAACUGCGACUUUAAGAGGAGUUCUACAAACUCCAUCAUUAUCUGAAUUCUUUUCAGAUAAUGGGCCUAUUGACAUGAUGGAUGAAGAUAUUGUGUCAAACCUUUCAGUUCGCGUGAAGUUAAGGUUAACAGUUUGGGAUUUCAUUCUUCCUGCAACUCCAUCUCUCCCUGCUGUAUUUGGUAUAUCGGAUACUGUAAUUGAAGACCGUUUUGGUGUUGAACAUGGAAGUGAUGAAUGGUAUAAGGCAUUGGAUUUACAUUUCAAGUGGCUUCUUCAAUAUAGAAUCAGCCCAUACUUUUGUAGAUGGGGUGAUAGCAUGCGUGUUUUGACAUACACCUGCCCGUGGCCUGCUGAUCAUCCAAAAUCAGAUGAAUAUUUUUCAGACCCACGACUAGCAGCAUAUGCUGUUCCAUUUACUCGAGCAUUCUCCGGUAAUGAUGGAGCAAAGGAUUACUUGCAGAAAGAAAUUGAGAUCUUAAGAACAAAAACACACUGGAAGAAAGCAUACUUUUAUGUAUGGGAUGAGCCGCUGAAUAUGGAACACUAUGAUUAUGUUCGCAACAUGGCAACUGAGAUCCAUACUUAUGCUCCUGAUGCCCGUGUUUUAACAACUUAUUAUUGUGGGCCCAGUGAUGCGCCUCUUGCCCCAACUCAUUUUGAAGCUUUUGUCAAAGUUCCAAAAUUUUUGCGUCCUCAUACUCAAAUUUAUUGUACAAGUGAGUGGGUUCUUGGUAACCGAGAAGAUCUGGCAAAGGAUAUUAUUGCUGAAUUGGAGCCCGAGAAAGGUGAGGAAUGGUGGACAUACGUCUGUAUGGGACCGUCUGAUCCUCAUCCAAAUUGGCACCUUGGGAUGCGAGGGACGCAACACCGUGCAGUGAUGUGGCGUGUAUGGAAAGAAGGUGGAACAGGUUUCUUGUACUGGGGUGCCAACUGCUAUGAGAAGGCAACAGUUCCCAGCGCAGAGAUCAGAUUCAGGCGUGGGCUUCCCCCAGGUGACGGGGUUCUGUUUUAUCCUGGGGAGGUGUUCUCAUCUUCACACGAACCUGUUGCUUCAGUUAGACUGGAGCGCAUUCUUAGUGGCUUGCAGGACAUUGAAUACCUGAAACUCUAUAGUUCAAGAUACGGUAAGGAUGAAGGACUUGCCCUUUUGGAGAAGACUGGUCUAUAUUUAUGUCCUGAGCGUUACACGCAUGAGCACAUGCCGAUUGACCUAAUGCGGGGUGAGAUCUUCAAUGCAUGCCGGCCAUGAGAGGCUAUCAGCAUUAUGCCGGCUUCACUUUU